UGAUUAUUGAUUAUCAAUAGUUUCUUCGACCAGCACCCAUCAAGUGAGAUCAGGAACGCUUACUGAUCGCCUGGCACCCUUUGGUUGCCUCUCAUUUCCUGUCUCUUGCCUUCCCUUUAUCUUCAUCAGGACCUGACUCACUCUUCACUUCAUCGUGCUCGAGUUUUCGCAUCGACUUGUACCCCGCUCGAAUUUCUUCCCACAACGAGUAGUGGCAAUCAACCACCGCAUCACUUUUUUGUUUGAUAGCCUUAUUCUUUCAUCGAUCACUUCAGCAACUUUCAAGAUGUCUUCUCUUCCUUAUACUUGCAAUACCUGCUUGGUUGCGUUCCGGAGCAGCGAUGCUCAAAGGGAUCACAUGCGCACGGAUUGGCAUUUAUAUAACAUGAAGCGCCGUGUUGCCUCUCUGCCUCCAGUAUCCCAGGAAAUCUUCAAUGAAAAAGUCCUUGCCGCCAAAGCCACUUCGACCGCCGCUGCCGCCAAGGCGUCCUUCGAGAAGUCCUGCCUCGCUUGCCAGAAGACAUUCUACAGUGAGAACUCGUAUCAGAACCACGUGAAGAGCUCCAAGCACAAGGCCCGCGAGGCGCGGAUGAGCAAAGACCUUGCAGACGAUUCGUCAUCCGUCUUGAGCUCCACCUUCUCUCUGGGCGAACCGAUCAACAAGUCUCAGGAAGGCGACUCGGAAGUCGCCAAGGUUGCCGACAAUCUCAAGACAUCGACGAUCGAGGAAGAGGAUGAGGAUGAGGAGGAGCUCGAGGAGGACGGGUCUGAAUACUCGCCUUCCCGCUGUCUGUUCUGUAGCCACAAGGCUUCGGACCUUCAGGAGAACACAGAGCACAUGCGCAAGAGCCACGGCAUGUUCAUCCCCGAGAAAGACUACCUCGUCAACCUCGAGGGUCUGAUCCACUACCUCUACCGGAAAAUCAACGAGAACAGCGAAUGCCUCUACUGCCAUGCCAUCCGAAACAGCCCCGCCGGCAUUCGUACUCACAUGCGGGACAAGGGCCAUUGCAUGAUCGCUUUCGAGACCGAGGAGGAGCAGAUCGAGAUUGGCCAGUACUACGACUUCCGCAGCACAUACUCCGAUGACGAGGCCGGGUCAGUAACCAGCGAGACACCAGAGGACGGCGGAGUCAAGGUAACCGGCUCGGACGUCGACGACGACGGAUGGGAGACGGAAACCUCGGCCUCCUCCCUGGACGAGGACGAAGACGACGACGACUUCGAUUCCCACAGAAAGGCACCCGUCGUGUACCAGACCGAAUACGAACUGCACCUCCCCUCCGGCAAGAGCGUCGGCCACCGCUCUCUCGCCAAAUACUACCGCCAGAACCUGCACAACUACCCAUCGAUGGAGGAGCGGAUUGCCCGCCAACUCGCCAUCGAAAACGGCGAAGUCGAGGAAGAGCGGCCCCGGGGCCGCAACCCCGCUCGCGCUCUUGUCACCCGUGCCAAUGGCGGCCUGGGCAUGAUCGGCGCCACGGAGGAUCAGAAACGAGUCGCUGUCAUGUCGGAACGCAAGGACCGGACGCGCGCCAUCCGGCAAGAACUCCGGUACAGAGACCGGGUCAAUCGGGCUGCGAACAACCAGAAACACUUCCGGGUAUGUACAUCUUUCCUUGACCAGUCUAACAGGAUGCUGACGUUGACUACUAGGACCCUCUUCUGCAAUGAUCACGUUAUUGUCGGUCAAUGGUUUGGUUUUUGUCAAGUCGAUUACGGGAGUUAAUUCAG